AUGAGUAACCCCUCGAGCAAGCAGGGCGGCCGGGCCUCUCGCGGACCUAUGCCGGCCUUUGGCACUUUCGGCGCACACCAAGCUCCAGCCUCGAUCCUGCUCGAGAAGUCGAAUCCUGGCCUACGCAGGUCGACACCCGAUUCAGAGGCUCUGGCCUCAUCCGACGAUGAAGUUGAACACCCCAAGGGGAUGGCCAGUGGAAAUGCUAAAGCUAAUCGAAAUGCCCGGAGGACGUCCUGGCUGAACGAUGUCACCUCGUCCAACAUCAACCGAAAGCCUUCCAUCACCGGUCCGUACAGUCCAUCCACCUCACAUCCAGGAACUCCGGGAUCCGAGCAAGCUCCCUGGACUAAUGUUAAUCCUUCCGGUGCCGCGGGAUGGUCGAGCCAACAAACUUCCUAUCCAUGGACGAACAUCUGGGGUCAAGAUGGCCGCAAAGAACCGCCUGCCAGGCUUCAGGAAGUCUUGCCCACGAACGGCGAUGGCGGCAUCCCCUUCUCGAUUCCGUUACAACCCACCCCCAAAACAUACCGCUCUCAGUCAUACUCGGUCGGUCAGCUUGAUACCACCUCUGCACCCACUGCGCCAAACCCUGUGUCAACAUCGGUCGAGGCGACUCGAAACCGACUGGGCGGACAGUACCCGUCCUUGCAGCGACGGACUUCGAGGACCAGUGGGCUUGGCACCAUCGAGCCCGGAGGGCUCGGGCGCUUACGAGAGAUAGAGGAUGAUGAAGAUGAUUUGGAAGGCAAUCAGAUGUCAGAAGUCAUCGCUACGGAGCAGGCGCGCACGAUUGAAAGGUUGGAGAAAGAAAACGCGCAGCUCCGUCAAGCCGCCCAGACGCGUGGUAGGGCCCUCUCAGGUGCGUCCGCCGCUCCUCCACCCGCCCCCGGGUUUCGAAACAGUCGCCUUCGCAGCGCCGUUCCUGAAGAGGCCGAAACUGCCAUCGACGACAGGGAAGACUUUGCGAUUUUGGGAGGCCUCGGCGAUCGGGAGAACAGUACUCGUCGUUUGAGUGAGCAGACACUUGGUUAUCCCGAAAGGCAGCCUCUCUCGGCCAUCGAAAACCGCAGUCUGGAGAGUGUCAGGAAAGCCCAGUGGCAGACAUCCCUAGGAUUUGGACCCAUCCCGGAAGCCCCGCAAAGCCGGCGACACUCUUUUGCUGAUGUGCCAACCCGACACGGUUCAUUCAGCUCCAACGGUAAGGACAUCGACCGAAUCCCCUGGCCGGCUCUAGGAACUGAUUUGCUAGAACGUGAGGAUCAAAUGACGGCAUAUGAGAGUGGUUCCCAAACUUUGUCCCAAGGAGAUGAUCGUGAGUUGGCCCUAGCCCUGUUGCAACCCAAUGAAAUCCAGAUGAAUAUCAUAUACUUACGAAACCGCCGUGCUGCAGCAGCCUACUUCAAUACCACAGAAUCGACCCGGCGUGCCGCGGACGCCCGAGUCCACCAGUCACACCGUGACCCUCAAAAUUACGGACCUCUGGGAAUCGGGGCUUUCCUCGAACCUGUCAGCCAACCCUUGUACAUCGUCAACUUCAAGUGUUGUCGAUCGGACGUCUUCUACAUUCAAGAAGGAACCGGGCUCCAUGUCAAUGUCGGCGACCUCGUCAUUGUUGAGGCGGAUCGAGGCACUGACCUCGGAACGGUCCAACACACCAAUGUCUCGUGGGAAGAUGCCCGCCGGUACAAAGAGUACUACGCCGAGGAACAUUACAAGUGGUUGAUGAUGUUCUCGAUGCAGAGUCGCAACGGAGGACCCAACGUCGUCAACCCAAACGGAAUGUCCGGACGACCGGGGAGUGCUGUCGGUGGCAUGGGACCUCAAGGUCAUCACGGGCCGCAUGACGCUCCUCACUCGGACCUGAAACCAAAGAUGAUCAAGAGAUUGGCUCAGAACCACGAGAUCCAGUCGCUGAAGGACAAAGAAGGUAACGAGGCCAAAGCUAAGCGUGUCUGUCAACAGAAGGUCAUCGAGCAUCGGCUGAACAUGGAGAUCCUUGACGCCGAGUUUCAAAUGGACAGCAAAAAGCUCACGUUCUACUACUUUGCCGACAACUACAUCAACUUCAACCAUCUGGUUACCGACCUUUUCAAGAUUUACAAAACUCGAAUCUGGAUGUCGGCCAUCAAUCCGGCUUCCUUCCAAACUCCGACUGCUUCCCUCGGUAUUACCCCUGUCUACAGUGCUGCUCCUGGAGACGAACGUCAGCGGAGAAGGCCCCAGCCUGUACAACAGCAAGCCCAACAACCCCUCGGCCUUGGGUCCCAACCCGUGACCACCCCCUUCGGGGAUUCUUUCGACGCGGAUCGGACGUUUAAGAAUCAGGCCCAGGGGAUGCGCAACUCCUACUACAAUCAAUUCCAGGACGUUGGGGCCGCUGGGACCGGCCCUCAACAGCUUCAACCUGGCGUGUCACCCUUUUCGCCCAACAUGCCAGGUCCCAUGGACCCCUUCAUGUCUUUCUACAGCCCAUCCUAUCCGAGCCUCAAUCCGGGUGCCCCCAAUUUUGCGAGUAACCGUCCUGAAUUCCGAGGCCGGGGCCACAAUCAGCCGGGUGAUCUGAACUGGAUGGGACGGUUUCAGGGGUUGUCGCUCGGUUCUUGA